ACUGUCGUCCGUGGUGGCCCUGGGAGCCAACAUCAUCUGCAACAAGAUUCCUGGCUUGGCCCCGCGGCAGCGCGCCAUCUGCCAGAGCCGCCCCGAUGCCAUCAUUGUGAUCGGGGAGGGGGCGCAGAUGGGCAUCAACGAGUGCCAGUACCAGUUCCGCUUCGGCCGCUGGAACUGCUCCGCCCUCGGUGAGAGGACCGUCUUCGGGCAAGAGCUCCGAGUAGGGAGCCGUGAGGCCGCCUUCACCUACGCCAUCACCGCGGCGGGCGUGGCCCACGCCGUCACCGCCGCCUGCAGCCAGGGCAACCUGAGCAACUGCGGCUGCGACCGCGAGAAGCAGGGCUACUACAACCAGGCCGAGGGCUGGAAGUGGGGCGGCUGCUCCGCCGACGUGCGCUACGGCAUCGACUUCUCCCGGCGCUUCGUGGACGCGCGCGAGAUCAAGAAGAACGCGCGGCGCCUCAUGAACCUGCACAACAACGAGGCGGGCAGGAAGGUUCUGGAGGACCGCAUGAAGCUGGAGUGCAAGUGCCACGGCGUGUCGGGCUCGUGCACCACCAAGACCUGCUGGACCACGCUGCCCAAGUUCCGCGAGGUGGGCCACCAGCUCAAGGAGAAGUACAACGCGGCCGUGCAGGUGGAGGUGGUGCGGGCCAGCCGCCUGCGGCAGCCCACCUUCCUACGCAUCAAGCAGCUGCGCAGCUACCAGAAGCCCAUGGAGACGGACCUGGUGUACAUCGAGAAGUCGCCCAACUACUGUGAGGAGGACGCGGCCACGGGCAGCGUGGGCACGCAGGGCCGCCUGUGCAACCGCACCUCACCCGGUGCCGACGGCUGUGACACCAUGUGCUGCGGCCGCGGCUACAACACCCACCAGUACACCAAGGUCUGGCAGUGCAACUGCAAGUUCCACUGGUGCUGCUUCGUCAGGUGCAGCACGUGCAGCGAGCGCACCGAGGUCUUCACCUGCAAGUGAGGUGGCCCGCGGCAGCCACGGGCCCGCCGGUGGCCGUUUGCACACCCGCCCUGCCUCCCUGCCCGGGCACUGCCCGCGGUGGCUGAGGUGGCGGAGGAGAGGGAGCCCCAGGUGUAGCGGGGCCCCAGCCGGGCCCACACCCUGUCCCCGCCACCCAGGGCUCCUUCCUGCCUCCCCCUCCGUCACCUUCCUCAGCAG